CGAAGAAGCGUGUCAGCCAGCCGUUAAAAAAGUGAUAAAUAAAACUAUUAACGACUUCUCUUUUGAAUAUAGUGUAGGAUAAAUCCUCAGUGGGUCUGUAAAUUCUGUAAUAUUGCGAUAUGGAGCCAAUGACUUUAGGCAGUCCAACACAUUCUCCUUCAAAUAGCCCGAACGUGGGAUAUUUACCGCCGUUCCUGUUGGGUGAAAUAAAUCCUCCAACUACUCCUCGCACGAACAGUUUGUCACCAACGAAGGGCAGAAGUCUUGCCUUUGGUUCUCCAACUAGUCCAACCCAAACAUCAACACCAGACCAGAAGGCUUACAGACAGAACAUAUCUAUGCACCAGCAAGCUUUGUACAACCAACAGAACAUGUAUCCCAACAUACCUGCAACACCAAACCUGUCCUACACAAGUAAGCCAAGUGGACCACCCAUUGAAGACCUAUUUGACACCAUCAAGAGCAAUGAGCCAUCAAUAAACAAAUCUCUGUUCCAAGACAGCUUAUAUAACAACAAUAAUUCUAUGGUACAGAAUGGGUAUGGCCAUUUGAAUAAUACAAACAACCAGUCUAUGGUGACAGCAUGGCAAGAUGGCUGUCAUGAGCAGGAUGAGUACUGGGUCACAGUGUUUGGAUUCCCUCCUAAUGCUGCAAAUACUGUCUUGGCACGGUUUAGCAACUGUGGUGCCAUUUUAGAUAAACAAUACCCAACGCAAGGCAACUGGGCGCACGUGCGCUACGCGACUCGAGCGGAGAAGGAGCGCGCGAUGUCGCUGAGCGGGCGGCAGGUGCUGCCGGGCGUCAUGGUCGGCGUCGUCGAGUGCAAGGAGCCGCCGCGCAUCGCCGUCACCAGCCCCGGACUCACCUCACCAGAUAGACAAUCGGGCGUUCGUUCCCUGUGUCCGACCCCGCUGGCGUCGGCGCCGGUCCCGCAGCGGUCCAGCGGGCUGAUCUCCAAGGCACUCGACUACGUGUUGGGUUGGUGACAUUUACCCGACAGGUUCGCGCGUCAUCUCUCCGACAGGAUCACGGAGACACGGCGAGUUAUGUCCCACUACGUGCCUUACGUCACUCGAAGGAGGAAUAGAGACUUUUUUACUUUAUACAAUAGUGAUCUUUUUCAUUGCAAUGAAAUGUAGACUGAAUGUUGUGUAUAAGUGGCACCAGCGUCGUACACAGGGAUAAUUUUUGUUUAAGUUUAUUAUAAAUAUUACGGAUACUUUUAGCCUCCUGAAAGAAAGAUGCGAAAGAAAGAUACGUUAGUUUUUUCAAAUAUCGGUUGUUUGGCGAUGCUGCUAGUCGAAACACAUGCAUUUCUAACAUCAGUACAUAAGGCAUGCGAGAACGUCUUUGUGUUUGCGCGAUAAAGGCAGAUAAGAUGACCUAAAUAGGUGUUAUAAUAAGUUGAAUUGUUUGGGUCAGAUAUUACAACAAAACCCAUGUUAUUGACCAAUUAAUGCUGCUAUAUUGAAUAUAUUUCAAAAAAUAUAAUUGUCAAGUAUAUUGAGAAUUGAGAUAUCAAUUUAAAGUUUAAUCAUUGACCUAUAUACUUAAAAAAAUGCCAAGGUGUUCCGUCGUUUAACUCUUGAAUAAAGUAUAAUUAACGACGACAGCAACGAACGACAAUAAUGCAUGGAUAGCCAGAGCAUGGCAUCUUUAGUUAAAACAUCGUCAAAAUUCAUUGAUUAAAACUAUUGUAAUUCAGACAUAUUGCCCUGUUAUCCUAAUAUUAAUGAGCUCUUGUACACAGCAGUUAAAUAACCAUGUAUUAGUUUAAUAUCAACUGUAAACAUUAAAUAUAAUUUUAAUAAAA